CCACUCUCACACGUAUAAUUUUAAAAAGUAUCACUUGUUUUGAACUGCUGGAUCUGCUACGGUAGAAAAAUAGACUAUGGGGAAAAUAAUUAUUCUCAUCUUUUUGAUAAUUUUAAUAAAUGUAUGCUGUGCAAAGAAAUCUAAAGAAUCUAAGAAAGCAAGUGACGGUGGAUCUGAAAAGUGGAAGAAGAAAGACGUGAGAGAUUAUAACGAUGCUGAUAUUGAGCGGCUUUUUGAACAGUGGGAGGAUGCAGAUGAGGAUGAACUAGAAGAAGAUGAACUGCCAGAGUGGAAGAAGGAGCCACCAAAGAUUGAUCUGGCCAGCAUAGAUCCAAAUGAUCCCGAGGGACUGCUCAAAAUGUCCAAGAAAGGGCGCACAUUGAUGAUGUUUGCUACUGUCUCAGGUAAUCCAACCAAUGAAGAAACUGAGAAGAUAACUCAGCUCUGGCACUCCAGUUUGUUUAAUGCCCACAUAGAAACACAGAGGUAUGUGGUAGGUGACAACAGAGUUUUGUUCAUGCUCAAAGAUGGGGCCAAGGCCUGGGAUGUCCGGAACUUUCUGGUCAAGCAAGAGAGGUGUGAGGAGGUCUCCAUAGAAGGACAGUCCUACCCUGGUGCGGGGGCAAAGAAAGACACGACAGAUAAAAAGACAAAGAAAGGAAAGAAAACAGAAUUAUAAUGCUGGAUAGGUGCAUAAGCGUACCCAGUUUUGUGUGGAGUAUGAGUCCUAAUAGACUCAUGAUGGUGGAAUGUAGUUUUGAGCAUUUAGGCCC